AGACUGGCUGAUGCAGCAGAGAAGUUUCAGAAAGCCCACCGAUGGCAAGACAAUAUUAAGGAGGAAGAUAUUGAAUACUAUGACUCCAAGGCUGAUACAGAAUAUGAUGACCCAGAGGGGGAAGAAAUUGAAAGAGAGAAAUCCAAUUCCUUGAAGCUGGAAUUCAUAGAAGAUGACAAUUUUAAAACCAAAGUUAACUACUCAUAUGCUGCUGUACAGAUACCUACAGACAUCUACAAAGGCUCCACUGUAAUUCUCAAUGAACUGAAUUGGACGGAAGCCUUGGAGGAUGUGUUUGUGGAAAAUCGAAAAGAAGACCCAUCUCUGCUGUGGCAAGUCUUUGGCAGUGCUACAGGGGUAACCCGCUUCUAUCCAGCUUCCCCAUGGAGAGCCCCCAAUAAGAUUGACCUGUAUGAUGUCCGAAGAAGGCCUUGGUACAUUCAAGGAGCCUCAUCUCCAAAGGACAUGGUGAUCAUUGUGGACGUGAGUGGCAGCGUCAGUGGCCUGACACUGAAACUGAUGAAGACCUCAGUCUAUGACAUGUUGGACACCCUCUCAGAUGAUGAUUACGUUAAUGUUGCUUCUUUUAACCAAAAGGCACAACCUGUAUCCUGCUUUAAACAUUUAGUCCAAGCUAAUAUCCGCAACAAGAAGGUCUUCAAAGAGGACGUAGAAGGAAUGGAGGCUCAAGGGACCACUGAUUAUAAGGCUGGCUUUGAGUAUGCCUUUGAGCAACUGCAAAAUCCCAACAUCACAAGAGCCAAUUGCAAUAAGAUGAUCAUGAUGUUUACUGAUGGAGGAGAAGACCGAGUGCAAGAUGUUUUUGAGAAGUAUAACGGACCCAACAAGACGGUACGGGUAUUCACCUUUUCUGUUGGACAGCAUAACUAUGAUGUCACUCCCCUGCAGUGGAUGGCUUGUGCUAACAAAGGCUAUUAUUUUGAAAUUCCUUCCAUUGGCGCUAUCCGAAUCAACACUCAGGAAUACCUCAAUGUCCUAGGAAGGCCCAUGGUCUUGGCAGGGAACAAAGCAAAGCAGGUUCAGUGGACCAACGUCUAUCAGGAUGCUUUGGGCCUGGGUUUGGUGGUAACAGGCACUCUGCCCGUAUUUAACCUCACUGAAGAUGGUCAGUCUCGUGGAAGCAGCGAAUGGAAGAACCAGCUCAUCCUGGGUGUUGUGGGGAUUGAUGUGGCUGUAAACGAUAUCAAGAAGCUGACGCCACGGUACAAUUUGGGGGCUAAUGGCUACGUGUUCGCUAUUGACCUGAAUGGAUAUGUAUUGCUACAUCCAAACCUGCGACCUCCGAUCAUCAAUUUUCAGGAACCUGUAACCCUGGAUUUCCUUGAUGCUGAACUAGAGGAUGAGAACAAAGAAAGGAUUCGCCGAAGCAUGAUAGAUGGAAAUAAAGAUCAACAAUAUAUUAGGACUCUGAUAAAAUCCCUUGAUGAGAGAUACAUUGAUAAAGUUCAUAGAACCUACACUUGGGCACCUAUCAAAAGCACAAACUACAGCCUAGGUCUGGUCUUGCCAAAUUACAGCAGGUCUUACAUCCAAGCUAAUCUAAGUGACCAGAUUCUCCAGGUGAAGUUACCAAGCAAAUUGAAGGAUUUUGAAUACCUGCUGCCAAACAGCUUUGAGUCCGAGGGACAUGUAUUCAUUGCUCCAAGAGAAUAUUGCAAAGACCUCAACCUGUCGGAUAACAACACUGAAUUCCUGGAAAACUUUAUUGCCCUCAUGGAAAAGGUGACGCCUGACUCCAAACAAUGUGAUAACUUCCUUCUUCACAACCUUAUCCUGGACACUGGGAUCACACAACAGCUGGUGGAAACAGUAUGGAAGAAUCAAGAUCUAAGCACAUACAGCCUCCUAGCUGUAUUCGUUGCCACAGAUGGUGGCAUCACCCGUGUUUUCCCUAACAAAGCUGCUGAAGACUGGGAAGAAGACCGAGAGCCCUUCAAUGCCAGUUUUUAUCGGAGGAGCCUAGAUAAUAAAGGCUAUAUCUUUAAGCCACCUUACCGAGAUCCCAACUACAGAGGAUCAGAGCUGGACAGCAAUGCAAUUGGGAUCCUAGUUAGCACAGCUGUGGAACUCAACUUAGGAGAGAGGCAUCUGAAGCCAGCAGUGGUUGGAGUAAAACUUGACUUGGAGGCCUGGACACAAAAAUUUAAAGUCCUUGCUAGCAAUCAAACAGAUCAGCAGAAAACACGACGAUGUGACCUCUCUACAAGUUGUGAGAUGGACUGUGAUACAAAUGACAAGGAUCUGCUUUGUGUGCUUAUUGAUGAUGGUGGAUUUCUGGUGAUCUCCAACCAAGAAGACUACAAGUUCCAGGUUGGAAAGUUCUUCAGUGAGGUGGAUGCCCACUUGAUGUCUGCUCUCUACAACAAUUCAUUCUUCACACAGAAAGAAUCAUAUGACUUCCAAUCUGUCUGUGCUCCAGAAGCUCCAAGCAACACAGGAAGUGCACCACGUGGGGUCUAUGUGCCAACCAUGGCAGAUUUCUUGAACCUAGCUUGGUGGACCUCAGCAGCUGCAUGGUCUCUAUUUCAGCAGUUCUUGUAUGGAUUAGCCUAUAACAGCUGGUUUCAAACAGAGGAUGUCUCAGCAGAUGGUGUGGAAUCCAAGGAGACCAGCUGCAUCAUGAAGCAAACUCAAUACUAUUUUAGCUCUGUUAACUAUACUUAUAACACCAUCAUUGACUGUGGAAAUUGCUCUAGGCUGUUCCAUGCACAAAGGCUUGCUGGCUCCAAUCUCCUGUUCGUUGUAGCAGAAAAGCCCAUAUGCAGUCAGUGUGAAUCCACAAAACUUCUCCAAGCAGAGAUAAAAGCGAGUUUCAGCAAGAAAACAAAUUUAUGUAAUGAGUUUCAGCAAAAGUAAAUAUUCUUAAAGAAACCUCUCUCUCUCUUUCUAUUGUUUCUAUAGGAAGACACCUCAGAUUGUGGCAGAGGGGCCUCCUUUAGACCUUCCUUGAAUAUCUUGUUAUGCUUGCAGUUACUUCUUCUCUAUUUGACUGCAAGUCACCAUCCGCUGCCCUUGGCAUUUUGCCUUUGAAACGCCCAUUUAGCUUAACCCAUCCUUUUUAUUUUAUGCCCAUCAUCAUCCCCUCCAGACUUGCUAGAGGAUGACUGCUGCCUAAUCCCAUCAAUUCUGGCUGCACCUUGGCAUUCACCCAUGAGGAUUGUUGCUUUCUUCACUCAGAAGUCCAGAAGCUGUUCCCAUUGUUUUUCCUUUUCCUCCAUUCUCUCCUUGCCUUUCCAGUGUCUCUGCACAGCAGGUUGUGCUAAAGAGAGCUUUGAGAUGACUAGGGGAAGCAUGGACCACCGUGAUCUUCUCCACACAGGGAACAUUCUUGAGCUUUGAUUCAUUGUUCCCCUUUCCACUCAUUGAGCUGUUGGCCAAAUGCAAAGAACAAUGGCCCCAUAAUUUUGUUUUUCCAUUGAAUCUGUGGAAUUCUGGGAGACCUUUGUUAGUUUUCAUCUGAAGGAUUUUUAUCAUGGUCUUAAAAGUAUUUAAUCAACAAUACUGACAAUGUUAUUGUGUCUGAAAUAAUGUAUCUUCCCAUACCAAUAAUGAAAACUGCAGAAACAACACAGAUCACUAGAACAGAAAAAAUGGAAUAGUCUUGCCAAAUUGAUUCUGUAAUCUAGCAAACCUUCCAGCCAAUUCCAGUGGCUUGUCAAACUCAAAGUAAUCCUAGGGUAUCACCCCAACAUCUCCAUUCCACCAGUUCACUAUGUGCUUUCCAAGGCCAUCGUUAUCUCUGCCUUUCAUUAGGUGGAUCCCAUCUCCAAUCAAUGAUGAAUUAUUAUUUUUAUCCUAAACACUUUAAUCUAGAUCUUUCAACAUCUGAUUUCCCAGCAUUUAGACUGAGAGAUUAUAGUAUUUAUUGUCAGCAAGAAAGAAACAUACACACAAACACAAAGGAUGUCACUUGAAUUUUAAGGUCAGUAUUAUUUAUUUAAACCAUUUAUUCUGUAAAGAGAACUUGAAGACCAAGCAGGGCAGAAAGAAGUGCAUGAAGAUCCUUUUGUAUACCAUUCCAGUAAUCCAUGUAUGGUUGGAGGAUACAGUAGCUGAGACAAUCUUUAAUAAAAUGAAUAGCAAGAUAGAAUGAUUCUAGCAAGUAACAAUUAUGGUUUCAAUCCAGCAGUCCCCUUUGAUUAUUUUCCUGCUUCCCCCAUUCCUUAUUUAAAUCCAUUGAGAAAACAAUAUGAGCUAUUUUAGGAGCUGUUCUCCUCCCCAAAUCACUAUGAAGUCUUCAGUUGGUAGUUCUGCAGUAUCCAGUCUUUAAGAUAAGCCAAUUACGGAGGUGACUAAGACAAAGGUGAACUUCAGGUCCUUUUCUUCUAAACUCUAAAGAAUAUUUUCCACCACAGUGGCAACAGCACUUUGUGCCAAACCAACCCAUGAAAGUGAUAGCCAAAGGUUUUCUUCCUGGACUUUGUGCAGAAAUCUAACCUUUUAGUGCCCUCCUUCCUCCCAAUAUGGAAAUACGGUGGCGAUGAAUGGGAUACAACUGGGCCUGUAAAAGUAGAUGUUUUGCAGAGAGCUAAUUCAGUGUCUAUGUGCUUGAGCCGGGGGAUAUGAAAAUGCUCUGCUUCACAGUGAUGGCGGUUAAAACAUCUGCCACUCAGCUCAAGCCCACAGAACACCUCUGCUGACUUUGCAAGCAUAUGUUUCAUGUCUGGAAUUAUUAUUUUAAGUGGCUGCAACCAUAUAAUCUAUUGAAGAUUUGAAAGAAAUUGUAAUACUAUAACUCAUCAACCAGUGUCCUUAAAAAAUGCCUGUUUUUAGGACUUGUCUUGAGCAGGUUACCAGUCUUUGUGCCUGUUAACUAGCGCACAUAUGGUAAUAAGUAUACCUUGCUACACAUUAUGAACUGAAAUGCUUCCAGUCCCCUGACAAUUCCAGAAGAUCCUUCUCUUCAGCCAAAUACCCCUAGUGCACUGCCUCUACACUUGAAAUAGCCAGCAGAAUGAGAAGAACCCUUUUUUGUUUUGUUUUGUUCCUGCUUAAUAUGGCAGGACAACCAGAACCUUCUGGGCAACAUGAGGAACUGCAGAACAGUAUGAUGCAGCUUCAUCAGUGAGAAGCAGUUAGCUGCAACACCAAGAACUGCAGGGUUUCUCCCCGUAGCACAAGGGUGAUUUGCAGAUAUAGAAGCCUGCUAAAACGUUGUGCACAGCGAUGCACUCAUUUCCACUUCAUAUGCUCAGUUUUUUAAUCAAAACCCUUUUUAAUCCAAACUCUGACAUGCUACCUGUUAUGAAUUACAUUCAAGUAUUAUGAAUUUCACUCGCUUUGUUACAAGAAAAGCUGGAAAGCAAACAAUAUGUCAUAAUUACUUGAAUCUGAAGGUUCCUAAACAAGGCAGACAACCCAGUUUGAUUAACAGAAUACGUUUGAAUCAGAACUUUCUGUGAUCUUAGUUUCGUGGUUUAGUACUAAACCAGAACUUUGGAGUUCUGAUCUCACAACUUACACUUUAAUGCAGCCUCUGCCACUUAUAAUGGUCCCACCAGUUGUUUAAUUGCAAACAUAGUGCAGCUUGGGAAGUGUACAAUUGUUGAAUGCCAACCAUUCCUAAGCCAACACUGCAGGCAUAUCCUUAGACAAAAUUAUUUACUGAUGUUCUCAGAAGUAAGAUUUCUGUGGUCCUCAUGAUAUAAUCUAAAGAGGGCAGCAGUGGAAAGAUAUUAGUGCUGUAAUAAUUAUGCUUGUAAAGUGCAAAUACGUGGUACUUGAAAUUAUUGUAGGAAAAAAUACUUGACAAAUCUGGAAGUAGAACCAGUGGUACGCUUGCUUGCUUUUCAGUAAACUUUGUCUUGAGAUCAGGAAAUAAUUUCUUAAUCUCUCAAAAACUAACUUCAUUCCAGUUCCUUUGUCUACAUAUAACUCUCCCCCAAAUGAAUCCUCCUUGUUUCAAAUAAGCAACUAAAAAGACCUCUCCUUCCAAGUCUACAUUUUUUCCAGCCAGCUUAUGUACACAACAAUUGCACUGGUGCUAAGGAUAGUAGUUCUGCUUCAUUGGCUUUGUAUAGAUUACUACAGAAGUAAACUGGGAGAUUAUAAAUACGUAGCUCUAACUAACUCUGAUGUACAGUAGAGAUCGCACCAUUAUUCCUUGUGUAUACUACCAGUGGUAAGCAGUUGUACUGGUUGUGGAUACACUCUCAGAAUCUCCCUGGUCUCUUCUGAGCAGAGACUACAAAAUUGUGCCAAAUUGUGUGGUUGUUUUGUGAUGUGGGCAACUGUCUGUAGUGUGCUUGGCUGAAAUCCCCCAGAUUCAUUCCACAUACGUCUGAGUAAAACCUUUGUCUUCCUUAUGCCACUUUGUCUGUGACUGUUUGGCUAGUGCUCUGGAGCCAGUAUAUAUUCAUCAGUAACAGAUGUUCAGAGAUGGACAAAUUUGGAGCACAGAGUGUAUACAUGGAAAUGGCAUCAGACCUGAAGUGCUUCUCAUUCAUACAAGAAGCUGAUUAGGUAACACGGCCUUUCCCUGCUUCUGAAUACCUUACCACAUUACCUGUAUUGAUGGCCAUGACACACUUCUUGGUCAGCCACAAGACUCUUUGUUCUUGCUAUAACCAAAUUAUUCAAGGUCAAAGUUAAAGUCUGCUGGGGUUGAACUGGUGUUAUUUUUGUCCUUGACUUUUGGCUGGUGCCCUCAGAGAUGUUAUUAUUUCAACAUACCCAAUGAAAUCUUAUAUUGCAGUUACAAUGAAGCACACUCUGCUGUUUACAUAAAUAUACGUACAGGUGUGUUUAUGUAUGUAAUAAUCAAGGACAAGUAAAAAAAAAUGUGAUUGACAUCUAUAAUGGUGCAAGUAUAUCUUGUAAUUCCUAUGGUUUUUCCUUUCUUGAGGUGAGUCCGUUUCUAGACACCUUUGUUUAAAGAGAAUAUUUAUGCCACUGAUGAAAACAUUGAUUUGGUCCUCAGGCUUCCUUCUUUUUCAUCCUAGAUUUAGAUCUGCCUGCUUUAAAACAAAAUUUUAAAGCCCCACCCAUACAUCUAUUAUUAUUAUUAUUACUGAUCUAACUCUGAAAUGUCAAGAAAUCUGGAGGCAGCAGGGGAAGGAUGGUUUAGUAGCAUCACUGGUUGUAGCCAACAACUACUCUGCACAGGCAGCUUUUGUUACAAACACACAGAACUGGUUUCUCCUGAGCUCAGUCCAGAAUGGAUAAUUUAUCUUAAUCAGACAUCAUGAUAUUUUGCUCAUAUGCGGUAAAACACUGAAUUGAUAUACCUCUGGGCACAUGUGAGACAAUGACUCUCAACUUUCAGAACAAGUGUUCCUCUAGGACAGCAAAGCUCAUGCAGAGGAAAUUGUGAGCAAUGUUGAUAAAAGAGUCCCUCACAACCGAGCUAACUGCAGAGGACCACCUAUAGAACAAUAUUAUCCUUUCUAAUAAUUAUGGCAUUUGCUCAGCUUAAGCUGGAGUGCAUUCACUUUCAGUCUUGGUAAAAGUUUCAUCAGGUUUGUUUGUUUUUUAAUUUCUGGGUGCAUAUCUAGCCAAAUAACUCCCUCACCAUUAGUUGAUUCUAGACUCAGGUUCGGAGGGGAAGGGAGAUGGCAGAACAGAGAAUACUAGAAGUGAAAUACAAAAACAGUCCCACAGCAGAGGACAUACUGUAAGAUAGCAUAUUGUAGAAAUUGCCUUGAUCACUACAUAUCAAACAUGAUUCAGCCUCUUCAUUUAUCAGUCAGGGAAUCACUGAGUACCAUGUCAGAGGAAUGCUGCCCUGCCUCCAAUUAGUUCAUUUGCAAUAUAUGCAAAAACCACAGCAAAGGGAUCACUGGUUAGAAAAGGGUUCUGUUAUUUACCUAUACAUUCAAUAGUAGUCUUUUCUCACAUUUUUCACAAUUAGUACAAAAAGGAAGAAAGGUUCUGAGGGCCAGUUUUCCAGAGUUAGAAAACUGGCAUUUGGAAGGUGAAACUAUAGCCCAGUUUUCAAUACAAGUAGAUGAUUCCAUUUUUUGAGAGGGGGUUGGGGUGGGCAAGAUUGAUGUUUGUGCAUGAGUUAAUCGUAUUGCAAUAUGUGCAGGUCUGGACAGAAAUAAAUACUUUGCUCUUUCCCUGCUAUGGUAGCAAAAUUUGCCUUCUAAAAAUGAGCUCUUCAGAUGCAUAUGUAAAUAGGAGACUGAGCUAGGCAACAACCAGCUCUUUCCAAAUAGUUGUUCAACUGUAAACUGGAACUGGCAUACCCAUUCGCAUAAUUUGUGUUAUCUGCAGCUUAUCUUAGAGUCUGAAUGGUUGGUGCUAUGUCCCAGUCAGAAUCACUUGUAUAUUGUCAUUAAGUCUUCCUCCAGUCUUUUUUUUUCCCACUGAUGAUGGAUGAAGUUGGUAUUGACAGGGGAAGAUACACUGGGAGGUGGGAAGCCAAGAGCACAACCAUUUUGCUUCUCUUCUGUCUCCUGAGGAAAUUAGAAGUUUCACAGGCUGCAGGAAACAGAAUGGUAAUAUUUUCCAAAGCUCUGAAGGCAGAAAAAUAUAGCUCUGAAAAGAAAGUAAAAGAUGAUGAAAUGGGAGGAAUUAAAAGGAAUAUUCAGUUGACAUGGUGGCAUCAACAAAGAAAAAUCUCAUGUAAAUACUAAGCCAUGCAAGGAGUUAUAAACUUGGAUUAAGCCAAUUUCCUGAAUUCAGAGAAGUAGGAAAGAUGCUUUGGAGAAAAUGAAUCUGCAAAAAAAAAAAAAAAAGUCUCUAGAGAGCAAGAGACCUGGCUAUUAAAGGGAAGAUUGAAGACAGUAAAAGCCAGUAAAUUAUUUUGACCUUGUCAGUCCCAGUUAGAAACCCUUUUUCUAGCAAAAGUAAAGGACUGUGUGAAAAUAAAUUCCAUCGGCCCUAUGUGCUGAUUUCUUCAUACAAAGGCAUCAUAGCAGAGGUGAGACAUAGCCAUUUUUCAAACCACCUAACAUGACUAAUUCCUUUUAAAAUCAGUUUGGACAAAAUUUGUGGUAGGGUAGAAGGUUGGAAAAGGAGGGGGAGAGCCAUGAUCCUGACAAGAUCUUGGAAAUUUGACUCCAGAGUCAAGGGACAAGGAGGUGAUUCAUUGAUAAUGACAAGGUUAAAGGUCAUUUUGCUUGUAGCUUUUUCAGUGUGUGUUUGGUUAUGUCUAUGGGAACUGUGCUUUGACCAGAUGGCUGGCUGUGUUACCAGGAGUGUAUGUAAAUCUGUAGUCUAGUUGGGUGCUGCUCAU